AUGUUGGUGGCGUCCAGAGCAUCCGCCUCACUGCAAAGGCAUGGGAGCACAAGCAGAUUCCUCCGACCUCGGCCGCUGAGGCGUGGAGUCCGGCCGCAGAGGGGGCAGCCUGGGCCUUCGCCUGCUCUGUGCGCCCUCUGCGGCUUCGCGGCCCUGGCCGUCCACACGCGGCAAAAACGUCGCCUCGAGGCCGCUCGAGCUUCCGUGGAUGCAUCCAGGAGGCUCGAGAUCCGGGGCGACGAUUUUGUUCUGGAUGGCCAAGUGCAUCGCAUCAUCUCUGGAUCUGUGAGUUACUUCCGGGUACUGCCGCCUCAGUGGCGUGAUCGCAUGGAGAAGCUGAAGGCGCUUGGAUGCAACGCUGCCGAGGUCUAUGUGCCUUGGAACCUUCAUGAGCCGGAGCCGGGAAGCUUCGACUUCGAGGGUCGCUGCGAUCUGCCGGCUUUUCUCGAGCUGUGUCAGGAGCUGCAGCUGGAUGUGCUACUUCGACCCGGGCCAUACAUCUGCGCGGAGUGGGACUUCGGCGGCCUCCCAUGGUGGCUUCUGCGCAAUCCGGAUCCUGUUCCUUUGAGAUCUUCGGACCCGAAGUUCCUUGAGGCAGUGGAGAGGUGGUGGUGCGGUCAGCUGUUGCCGCGAAUUCGCCCGUACUUGGCAGCAAAUGGUGGCAGCAUCAUCGCCAUGCAGGUGGAAAAUGAGUACGGAUACUGGGGCAUCGACCCGGAUUAUCUGGAAAAGCUGCGCAGCAUGAUGCUGGACACCUUGGGCUCCGAGUGUCCGCUGCUCUUUACCAGCGAUGGCACCUUCUGGCCGGACCUGCAGGCCAAUGGUGGGCUUGACAGCAUGCUUCGCACUGCCAACUUCGGCUCGGAGCCGAAUCAGAGGCUCCCCGAGCUGCGAGUGGCACAGCCUCGAGGGCCGCUCUGCAACAUGGAGUUCUGGAUAGGCUGGUUUGACGCCUGGGGGGCACUGACCGGCAAGAGCUUCCGGGACCCGAAAGAUGUGGCGAGGACCUUGCGCGGCAUUUUGGAUGCCGGUGCAUCUGUCAACUUCUUCGUUUUCCAUGGAGGUACUUCCUUUGGCUUCUGUGGGCCUGGUGGAAACGUGUCGCAGGUUGGACAGUAUGAGCCCCAGGUCACCUCUUACGACUAUGGUGGCUUGCUCGACGAGGCAGGCGAGAUCACCACGAAGUACCUUCGCUGCCGAGAGGUCCUGGCAGACUUCCUGAAUCAGCCGGAACUGCUCGAGCGCAGCUUUCCAAAGACGCGCCGGCUUCCGGAGUCGCCUCUUCUGGAGAUCGAGGCGUCCUUGUCACUGGAGCAGGCUCUGCCCUGCUUGGCCAAGGAUCCCGUGAAAUCGGCUGUGCCCCUGGCAGCAGAGCAGGUCGGACUGGGUUAUGGAUACAUCUUAUACCGCUCCCAGAUUCCGGCCAGUGACCUGCCAUUGACCUUCGGAGACGACGUCAUCCGAGACUUCGCAUCAGUUCUUCUGGAAGGUCGCGUUCUCGGGACGAUUUACCGCAACGACUCUGGUCGCUCCCGCGAGUUCCAGGUGCCUCAGGCCGGCCGGCUGGAAGUUCUCGUGGAGAUGAUGGGCCGUGUGAACUUUGGUCCAGCGCUCUUACAGGAGAGGAAGGGCCUGGUGGGGCCUGGCUGCGUCCAGCUGGGCACUCCCUUCACGGGCCCCUUGCGUGCUGUCUUGGGAUGGGAUAUCUUUGCUCUCCCCAUGGAUGAAGAAAGCCUCGCGCAGCUCCCCUGGGAUGCCUGCCAGGGGACGGCGGCCCGAAAGAGCGCCUGGGAACGGGGGCCACGGUUCUUCCGUUAUUCAUUGCAUGUCCAGCAGCCCGCCGACGGCUUCCUGGCCCUGGAGGGCUUCACCAAAGGCUUUGCCUGUGUCAACGGCUUUAACCUUGGCCGGUAUUGGCAGGUCGGCCCCCAGCAGACGCUGUACAUUCCUCAUCCUGUUCUCCGACGUGGCCAGAACGAGGUACUGGUUUUCGACAUUGACAGCCCAGAGCUGGAAGAGGCACAAGCACCCCCUGCUCCGCGGAUAGUGUCUGAAGCAAUCUGGUCUUCUGGAGUGCUGCCCCGUGGUGCGAAGGAAGCAGCGGCGAAGGUGUCCAAUCUUUUCCACAGCUGGACCUGA